AUGGUGUUGCGUAAGGUUCUCUACUUCAUAUGGAAAUUAUCGAUGGGGAGCAUGGCUACAAAAAGUGCCUUUAUGUGUGGCGGGAUUCAAAUACAUGAUACAUCGUGUGUUUUAUGCGGAUGUGCGAAGGAGACUAUGGAUCAUUUGAGCACCGAAUGCACCAUUGUUCGAGCGGUAUGGUGGCACUUUUGUGUGUGGACUAAGAUCCCAAUUAUGGUCGAUAUAUCGUCUUUUCGUGAUGUAAAGGAAGGGAUCGAUAGGAUGAAAGGGUCAGCGAAGUGGAAGAAUGUUUUGGUUGCGCUUGCGUACGAGACGUUGUGGAGAAUCUGGAAGGCCCAUAAUGACCGAGUCUUUGAAGGCACACCGUUUUCUGUAUUGCACAUUGUGGAGGCAGUGGAAGAGCAUUGUUCCUUUGGCUUAAAAACAGAACAACAUAUAAAGGCUUAG